CUCUCAUCCCCGAGCCGCGGAGUUGCGGGGAUCGCAAGAGCGGGAGUGAAGGCAUCAGGGUGUUGUGCUGAGUGACAGUCCUCCCAUACAUGAUUUUACAGCGAACUGGCAAUAAACGGGUGCGGGUGAGACACGGCAAUGAAAAUGGAUUUAAAAGCCAUCAUAGAGAAGAUGGAAACUGGAGAUCAGGACGCGGCGCUCAUGGCUUUGCAGGCGUACAAUAAAGAGCAAAGCCAGUGCUUCCAGUUCAGCACCAACCAGCAGGACGAGCGAGAGCGACUGGGAGAGUUGGUGCUUGGCUUCCUUGAGCGGGACUUGCAGCCGUCCUGCCAGCUGGCCUGCCUAGAGACCAUCCGCAUCCUGUCACGGGACAAGAACAGCCUGGCACCCUUCACCACCCAUGCCGCCAUCCAGACGCUCAGCCGGCACGCGGGCCUGGCCCACGGGGAGGACGCGGCGCCCGAGAUCCCCGAUGUAGAAGUCAUUGUGGAGGCUCUGAAAUGCCUGUGCAACGUGGUCUUCAACAGUGAGGCGGCGCAGGAGGCCGGCGCCCAGCUGCGGCUUGUAGCGGGCCUGGCCGAGCGACUCAAGCAGUGCCGAGGGCGCGAGUGGAGUCAUGAGGUGCGCUUCUUUGACCUGCGUCUCACUUUCCUCUUCACGGCGCUGCGUGUGGACACGCGUGCCCAGCUGGCCCGCGAGCUGCGAGGUGUCAGCCUCCUGUCCGAUGCCCUGGAGGCCACUCUAGGCGUGUGUUGGGUGGACGCCUUUGAGGUGACCCGAGCCAAUGCUGAGGACGGGGCGCCAGUUCCUCCACUCACCCGGGAGGCUACGGAACGAGUCAUGGAGAUCCUAAAGAUCCUCUUCAACAUCACCUUUGACACCAACCGUCGUCAGGUGGAUGAGGAGGAGGCGGCCACAUACCGACGACUCGGAGCCAUUCUCAGACACUGUCUCAUGAGCUCAGCUGAGGGUGAGGAGCGCACAGAAGAGAUCCAUAGUCACACAGUGAACCUCCUGGGCAACCUGCCUCUACUCUGCCUGGACGUGCUUCUGGCUCCCAAGGUGCAACAAGGCUCCAUCGAGUAUAUGGGCGUCAAUAUGGACACAGUCAACAUGCUGCUGGAUUUCAUGGAGAAGAGGCUCGACCGGGGCAACAAGCUGAAGGAGACCCUUCUGCCUUCCCUUAAUCUGCUGACAGAGAGCGCCCGCAUCCACAGAGAGACGAGGAAGUUCCUGAGGAUGAAGGUCGGUCCCACUCACAUAUGGUUUUUUGCCGUCCAACCUGAGAUACAACCAUCUGCUCUUUCGUGGUCCCUCUGCCAGGUCCUGCCCCCUCUGCGUGAUGUGAAGAACCGCCCCGAAGUGGGAAAUGCUCUGCGGAACAAGCUGGUGCGCCUCAUGACCCACAUUGACACGGAUGUGAAGCAUUGCGCCGCCGAGUUCCUCUUUGUGCUCUGCAAGGAGAACGUGGCACGAUUCAUCAAAUACACGGGUUACGGCAAUGCAGCAGGCCUUCUCGCUGCACGGGGCCUGAUGCGAGGUGGGAGGGACCCUGGCCACUAUUCGGAGGAUGAAGACAGUGAUACGGAAGAGUACCGACAGGCCAAGGCCAAGAUAAACCCUGUGACGGGGCGCGUGGAAGACGAGCAGCCCAACCCGAUGGAAGGCAUGACGGAAGAGCAGAAGGAGGUGGAAGCCAUGAAACUUGUCAACAUGUUUGACAAGUUGUCCAGGGAUCAUGUGAUCCAGCCGAUGAAGCUGACAGCAGACGGGCAAAUGACGGCGCUUGAGGCUGCUGACUUUGAGAUGCUGAGGCAGCAGAUGCCAAACCCACACAGGUCCGACAGCGACGAGGAGGACGCCUAACAGGGACAGGACCUUUAUUCCCGUUGAUCUGAUUCUGUAUACGUACAGCUGUGGGAAAUGCAAGAAACAGUUGCUAAAAAGACUAUCGAUUUGUUCCACCAACACCACCAUGUCCACUGGGCGGCGUCAAAGCCGCUCUGCAAAAUUAAUAUCUGUAAUGAAGAUGUAAACUCAGUAAUCUUAUAACUGUUUCUGUGCUGAAAUUAUUCUCAAUCCCUCUAUGCCCCCUCUUCAGAUGUCAUAGGCAAAGAAAAGCACUGAUGAGAGUAAAGUUAUGGUAGAAAUGAGUAAAUACUCCUAAUAACCCCUGCCACACACUUCCCUUCUACUUUUUGGAGUGUGUUUAGUCUGCCAAACGCCAUGCUCCUAUUGGUCAGGACCGACCUUUACUCCACCAGAGCACUUUCGUACAGCAUUUGUAAAUGUAAAGCGACUCCCAGAGAGCUGUGCUUGGCUCAUAAAUUUACUGCUUCGUUUAGCUUUCCCUUCUGCUUCAGGUAUUUGCAGCUCAAAGUAAAUCUAGGUCCAAGAGUGGGGAG